AUGGUGACCGCGGAUUCACCUGGCGAUCGCCAGGCAGGAGCCAUUGAUGGCGUCGAGCUGGAGCUCGGCGAGAGCAACAAUGCGGCGCCGCCCCGCGCCCUUCCCGUCGUCGAGGAAGAAAGGCCUGAGCCAAGAACCGGGCGGCAGCGUCGUCGUCUGCUCCGGCAGCUCAGGCCGGCAUCCAUGGCGCGCGCGUGCGGGCGGUGGCUGAGGCACCCGGCGCACCUCGCCCUGCUGGCGUGGGCGCUCUGCGUCGCGGCGUCGGGCUCCAUGCUCGGGCUCCUCCUCCUCGGUGCCCUCGACGGCGCGUUCCCGCGCAAGUCCGCCCGCGGCCGGUGGAUCGAGGUGAACAACCAGGUCCUCAACGCGCUGUUCACGCUCAUGAGCAUCUACCAGCACCCGGCGCUCUUCCACCACGCCGUCAUGCUCCUCCGGUGGCGCCCGGAGGACGGCGAGCGCCUCGGGAGGGCCUACUGCCGGAAGGGCGCCGGCGAUGGCGCUCGCGGGGCGCGGCUCCACGUGUCCGUGGUGGUCGUGCUCCUCCACGUGACGUGCUUCGCGCAGUACGCCAUGUGCGGGCUCUACUGGGGCUACUCCCGCAAGGCCCGGCCGGACGCCGCCGAGACCUCGCUCGCCGUGAUCGGCGUCGCGACGCCGGCGGUCGCGGGCCUGUACAUGUACUUCAGCCCGCUCGGGAGGAAACCCAGGACGACGACGACGACGACGACGACGAGAGUGCGCCAAGAACCCGACGACGACGUGCUCUCCGCCGCUGCCGACGCCGGCGUAGUGGUCGUGGCGGUCGGCGGCUCCGCGGAGUGGGCCGGCGGUCUGCUGGACGUCGGCGACGACACAGCGGCGUGCUGGCUGUCGUGCCUCUGCACGUUCUGCGUGUUCGGGUGGAACAUGGAGCGGCUGGGCCUCGGGAACAUGCACGUCCACGCCGCCAUGUUCGCGCUCUUCUGCUUCGCGCCGCUCUGGGUGCUCAACAUCGCGGCGAUGAACAUCCGGGACGAGGCCGUCGGCGACGCGGUCGGCGCGGCCGGGGUGGCGCUCUGCGCGCUCGGCCUCCUCUACGGCGGCUUCUGGCGGGCGCGGAUGCGGCGGCGGUUCGGGCUCCCCGAGCACACCGCCGGCGACGCGUGGCGCUGCUGCUGCCGGCCGUCGCUCGCCGACUACCUGCGGUGGAUGUUCUGCUGGGGCUGCGCUCUGGCGCAGGAGGUCCGCACAGCCAACGCCCUGCUCCUCGACGCCAAGGUGGCUGGCGGCGCCGGAAGCGGAAGCGGAGGCUCCGGCGGCUCGCGAGUUGACGCCGCUCUGCAGCUGCAGCCGUUGCCGCCGGAGAACGGGGUGAAGCUGGCAUCCCAUCAUGGAGCUGCAGUGGCACCGGUGAACGGCGUCGGCGUCGGCGUCACCGGCGGCGAUGAGUCGCCGUUGCUGCAGCGGCAGCAGGGGCGCGAGUCUGCAAUUGCAUCUGAGGAAAUGACGCCGCCGGUGCCGCCAUUGAUGCCGGGAGCAACGCAACAGAAUUCAUAA